AUGGAGGUUGGGAACUGUUCAGCCACUGAGUUCCUUUUCUUGGGAAUUACCAAUAAUCCUGUGAUCAAAGUGAUUUUAUUUACUAUUUUUCUAAUUGUUUAUCUCAUCAUUCUUAUUGAAAAUGUUGGAAUGAUAAUUUUGAUCAGGGUGGAUCAUCAGCUUCACAUGCCAAUGUACUUUUUCCUCAGCCACCUCUCUUUCUCUGAUGUCUGCUAUUCCACUGCAGUUGGACCAAAGAUGUUAUUGGACCUGCUUGCUAAGAGCAGCAAUUCAAUUACUUUCCUUGGCUGUGUUCUUCAGUUCUUCAUCUUCUGCAUCUUUACCGAUGUUGAGUGUAUGCUGCUGGCCAUGAUGGCAUUUGAUCGGUACAAGGCAAUCAGCAAUCCCUUGCUAUAUGCAGUAGAUAUGUCCAGCAAGGUUUGUUACCAACUUUUGGCUGUGGUUUAUGUAGUUGGUAUUGUAGAUGCCGUGGUACACACAACACUGACAUUUCGCUUGUGUUUCUGCGGGUCCAAUGAAAUCAACCAUUUCUUCUGUGAUUUACCUCCUCUUUACCUUCUCUCCUGUUCUGACAUACAAGUCAAUGAACUGGCCUUAUUUACUGUUUUUGGAUUCAUUGAACUGAGCACCAUCUCAGGAGUUCUUGUCUCUUACUGCUAUAUCAUUUUAUCUGUCCUGAAGAUCCGUUCUGCUGAGGGGAGGUUCAAAGCUUUUUCUACUUGCACCUCCCACUUAACUGCAGUUGCAAUUUUCCAGGGAACAAUGUUAUUCAUGUAUUUCCGACCAAGUUCUUCUUACUCUCUAGAUCAAGACAAAAUGACCUCACUUUUUUACACCUUGGUGAUCCCCAUGCUGAACCCUCUGAUUUAUAGCCUGAGGAACAAGGAUGUGAAAGAGGCCCUGCAAAAGCUGAAAACAAAAACUUGGUUCUAA